UCUGAUCCAACGAAGCCAGAAAUGGGGGGCUCUGUGGGAGUCGGAUUCAUUGCAGUUUUUGCUGUCUCGGGAAGCGUACUUCUACUUGUUCAUCAAGCCCAUAAGCGACUUCUCUCCGAUUUCAUGAAGAAAGUUGAAUCUGAAUUGGGUACCACCUUCUACGCCCACGCCAAGAACAAAUUGAACGGAUCUGGGAAAUCUCAAGCCAAAAAGAAGGUCCGAUUCUCAGAUGAUGUCAAAGAGCCAUCGUCAAACAACAAAGAAUAUCGCCAGAGACAGGUGCUGAAGCACGCCAUGCCACCCAACAGGCAAGCUCUAUAUACCUAA